AUGGCGACGAGGAUGAAAAUAGAUGCGGCAGUAAUGCCUGCGUUUUCGAUUGGAUCCGAUCCGAGAAACGAUUGGAUGAAAUGGAAGCGAGCUUUCGAAAGAUUUAUUGCUGCUAAUGGAGUGACCGAAGACGAAGAAAAAUAUAACCUGCUUCUUGUUAUUGGGGGUAUUGAAUUACAAACUUAUUUUGAUAAGCUUGAUAGUGUUCAAGUUGGAGUUCCGAUUGGAACAGACGGUGCAAGCUUACGUAUUUUGAAGUACGAAUCAGCUGUAUUUGCUCUCGAUAGCCAUUUUGCCCCUCAGUUGAAUAAACGGUUUGAGAGGCACCAAUUCCGCGCGUUGAAGCUAGAGCAAAGUGAAGUGUUUGAAGACUUUUUGUUUCGACUAAAAGGGCAGGCUAGUCGAUGCAAGUUUAGUGAUCCGGAUGACAUGAUAGUUGAUCAAGUGAUCGAAGGAUGUGUCUCAGUAGAACUGAGAAAGAAAUUGUUGACGGAAGAAAAAACUUUAACGGAAGUAGUGCAGUUAGGCAAAACAAUCGAGGAAGUACAAAAACACGCAAUGGAAUACGGAAGUUCUUCAAUGGCAGUGCAAGGUUUGGUUGAUAAAAUUUCUAGAAAGCCAGGACUAGACAGAAAUAACCGGAAGUGCUACAACUGUAAUAGAUCCGGCCACAUCGCGAAAGAUAUUUCCAAGUGCCCGGCUAGCAAUGCCAGCUGUUUCAAUUGCGGGAAUAAGGGACAUUUCAAAUUCUGUUGCCGGAAAAGAAAAACGGAUUGCUCUUCUAAAUACAACGAACCAAAGAAGAGGGUGUACGCGGUGGUUGGAUGUAAAACUGAAGAAACAGAAAAUGGUGUAUUUUUUGUAAGUGAUGAGGGUCCUUCGGAGAUUCUGGAGUUUUUUAUUGGAGGCAUACCAGUUUCGUUAGUAGUCGAUUCCGGGUCCCCCGCGAAUAUUAUCCGAGAGGAUACAUAUCGAAAACUCCAGCAAAGCAGAGCUAGAAUCGUCAACGAACGGAAAGCAGAUAAAACACUCAAAUUAGAGGCUUUCGCUUCGAACGAUAAGAUUGUGUUUAGUACGGCAUUCGAAGCGGAGAUCAGGACACCAGAGGAUGAGAAUGCGGUCUGGGCUCAUUUUCUCGUUGCACCGAAGGGACAAACCAAUCUUUUGAGCAAGACAACUGCAUUUGCGCUAGGAGUUUUGCGCAUCGGAUACAAGGUCAACAUGAUCACCGAUGGAACUUCGGAUACAGGAAGCAAGGAGUUUCCUAAAAUUCCUGGGGUUACCCUGAGAAUUCAAGUCGAUGAAUCGGUCAGACCGGUGAUUCAGGCACCAAGAAGACUUCCGAUAGCUAUGGAAGCUGAGGUAGAAGAGGUUAUCCGUGAUCUCAUUGACAAAGCAAUAAUCGAGCGUGCUGAAGGCCCGCUUUCAUGGGUUUCACCACUAGUACCCGUGCGGAAAAGUAAUGGCAAGAUACGAUUAUGUGUACAUACUAUCAUACUAUCAUUUUGAACUAGAGCCGGAUAGUAGGAAGAUAACUACA